AUGGGGUUUUUCACGAGCUCCUCGAAGAGCAAUUGCAAUUACAAGUUUGCAAACUUCAAUGAAAAACAAGAUUAUUUGAAUCGUUGUCAAAUGAAGCAGCAAUGCCAAUAUUCCGACUCAAGCGGAUCAACUUCAGGUAGUGUGUCAAAAUCAAGAGCUUCGUCCACUUGCUCGUCGACAAAUUCAAACUUGACAUUCCAGUUACCUAGUCGAAGCUGA